AUUAUUUUCAACAACAUUAAAUAUUAAUUAUUUAAUAUAGAGAAGGAUGGCUUGGUGCUUCAGUGAAGAAGAUUCUUUCCUGCGAGUGUUUGAUCUUGGGUCCAAGGAGAAAUCCAUGAUAGUGACAGGUUUAAAGAAGGGACCGGCCAAACAUUUGCUUACGGUUACCUUCAUACAAGGAAAAGACAAGUGUGUGGAUGCCAGAAAUUUCAGAGCCAAAGAUGAGUUCAAUGAAUCGUUCCUUCCCCUAGAGACAAGGGCAGCCUUUAUUGAGAAGUUUGAAGAGAAAGUGACAGAAUUGGCGAACAAAAGCAACAACACUAGCAGUGAAUCUAGGUCCUCGGCAGCCAGUGACACAGAUACAUCAAUACAUAGUGACAAUGCAACCAGAAGUACACCACCUGACUCUGCUGGAAGCAGUAAAAUAAUUGGUAAGUAAUAUAAUCUCUUGACU